AUGGUGGAAAUCAAAAAUCAGCAAGGCCUUGACUGUGUUACAGAAGUGCGAGUACAGCAUAACAAAGAUGGUAGCUACAAAAUCAGAUAUUUCCUCAAAAAUACAGGAAAAUGCCAACUCUCCGUGAAAGCAAAUAAAGAACAUAUUCGUGGCAGUCCAUUUACUGUUGAGACGAAACCCAGACAGUUUAGACCCUUGUUAUCUUUUGGAAAAAGAGGUUCGUCAGUUGGAAUGUUUCGCUGUCCAUAUGGAGUGGUAGUGAAUGAACGAGAUGAAAUUACAGUGACUGACACUAAUAAACAGAGGGUUCAGGUAUUCAGUAGUGAUGGAACUUACCUAAGAUCUUUUGGUAAGGAGGGUAAUGAACAGGGCCGAGAGUUUCAUUGCCCUGCUGACAUAGCACAUGAUAAGAAGAAGAACAUAAUUAUGGUGGAGACCGACAACCACCGCGUUCAAUUGUUCAUUGAUCAAGGUGAGUACCUGAACCAGUUUGGUGGCAAAGGAAAUCUUGAUCACCAGCUGAGUAAUCCUGUUGGUUUAUCUGUUGACAGGAAUGGAAAUAUCAUUGUUGCCGAUAAGGGCAACAAAUGUAUAAAAACCUUUUCAUCCAAUGGCCAGUUUUUGUAUAAACUUGGUGAAGUUAACAAGGUAAGACACUUGAUGGUCUGUGACAAAAACAAUCACAGAGUUCAGGUAUUUGAAAUCAGUGGUAAAUUUGUAACAAAGUUUAGAAAAGAAGGGAGUGAGCCAGGAGAGUUCUGCAUGGCAACAUCUACAGCGGCUCAGUAA